AGUAUUAGCUUUGACAAACGCACACACCCAUCCAAUAAAAAACACCAUUCGUGCAAGUACAAUCCUGUGGUCUGUCAUUCUGUAAAUCAACAAGAACAUGAGCAGCAAUUUUUCAACGAGAACACAAAAGAUUUGCGUGAAUAAGAGCAACAAAACCAGGCCAAUAAACCAUUCUUGACACUUGACAGGAUACAGUGACACUGUGUUGUUGCACAUGGUAAUGGCAAUCAGCUAUUGAGCUCACCAAGCACUAGCAUCCAUGACACUAUGACAGUAUGACAUCUUGCAGUUUGCAACAGGUGUCCACCUUCCAUCUCAAGCAAGCACCUUUCAACCACCUCCCCUCUCUUCCUCCCUUCUCCACACGAUCUGAAUUGCACAACAGUGAACGAAUCUGAACUAUCUGACCGAGGAGAUAGCAAAUUUCAGUUCUUGAUCGGUGAUUGAUUCAGUGAUUAUUCCCAAAUUUCCAGUAGCUGGCAAAGGGGAGGAGAAGUCAGCGGCCAUGCUGCUGCGUACCAUGAAGCUCCCGCUCCCCGCCAUGGCCGCCGUCGUGGCGCUCUGCGCCGCCUCCUACCUCCUCGCCGUGUGGACGCACCCUGCCCCGCCGCUCCCCGCCUCCUCCCUCGCCGCCGUCCCGUGCAACACGCGGCAGCCACCGGCGCCCGCGGCCUCGAAGAACGACACCGCCCUCGACUUCUCGAUCCACCACGGCGCGUCCGAGGAGGACGCGGCCGAGGCGGGGGCGCCGCCAUCGCGCCGCGUCCCGGCGUGCGACGCGGGGUACUCGGAGCACACCCCGUGCGAGGGGCAGCGGUGGUCGCUGCGCCAGCCGCGGCGGCGGUUCGCGUACAGGGAGAGGCACUGCCCCCCGCCGGCCGAGCGGCGGCGGUGCCUCGUCCCGGCGCCGCGGGGCUACCGCGCGCCGCUCCGGUGGCCGCGGAGCCGCGACGCGGCGUGGUACGCGAACGCGCCGCACGAGGAGCUGGUGACGGAGAAGGGCGUGCAGAACUGGAUCAGGCGGGACGGCGACGUGCUCCGCUUCCCCGGCGGCGGGACCAUGUUCCCGCACGGCGCCGACCGGUACAUCGACGACAUCGCCGCGGCGGCCGGCAUCACGCUGGGCGGCGGCGGCGCGGUCAGGACGGCGCUGGACACCGGCUGCGGGGUCGCGAGCUGGGGAGCGUACCUGCUGUCGCGCGACGUGCUGACGAUGUCGUUCGCGCCCAAGGACACGCACGAGGCGCAGGUGCUCUUCGCCCUGGAGCGCGGCGUCCCGGCCAUGCUCGGCAUCAUGGCCACCAAGCGCCUUCCUUACCCGGCUCGCGCCUUCGACAUGGCGCACUGCUCCCGCUGCCUCAUCCCCUGGAGCAAGUACAACGGGCUCUACAUGAUUGAGGUGGACCGGGUUCUCCGGCCCGGCGGGUACUGGGUCCUGUCAGGGCCGCCGGUGAACUGGGAGAGACAUUUCAAGGGGUGGAAGAGGACGCCGGAGGACUUGAGCUCCGAGCAAUCGGCCAUUGAGGCCAUUGCCAAGAGCCUUUGCUGGACCAAGGUGCAGCAGAUGGGUGACAUUGCUGUUUGGCAGAAACAAAUCAACCAUGUCAGCUGCAAGGCUAGCAGAAAUGAGCUUGGUGGUCUUGGUUUCUGCAAUUCCAACCAAGAUCCUGAUGCUGGCUGGUAUGUGAACAUGGAAGAGUGCAUCACUCCCCUACCGGAGGUGUCCGGGCCCGGAGACGUCGCCGGAGGGGAGGUCAAGAGAUGGCCGGAGAGGCUUACAUCGCCGCCGCCGAGGAUCGCCGGCGGCAGCCUUGGAAGCAGCGUCACGGUGGACACCUUUAUCAAGGAUUCUGAGAUGUGGAGGAGACGAGUCGAUCGCUACAAGGGCGUCAGCGGCGGGCUGGCCGAGAAAGGCCGGUACCGGAAUCUGCUGGACAUGAACGCCGGCCUCGGCGGCUUCGCGGCGGCGCUCGUCGACGAUCCUGUCUGGGUGAUGAACGUCGUGCCGACGGCCGCCGUUGCCAACACGCUCGGCGUGAUCUACGAGCGAGGGCUCAUCGGAACGUACCAAGAUUGGUGUGAGGCGAUGUCAACUUAUCCUAGGACGUAUGAUCUGAUCCAUGCGUACUCCCUGUUCACAAUGUACAAAGACAGAUGUGAAAUGGAGGACAUUUUGCUGGAGAUGGACCGUGUGCUGAGGCCAGAAGGCACGGUAAUAUUCAGAGACGAUGUUGAUGUCCUGGUGAAGAUCAAGAACAUCGCAGACGGGAUGAGAUGGGAGAGCAGGAUCGUUGAUCAUGAGGAUGGGCCGAUGCAGAGGGAGAAGAUCCUUGUGUCUGUCAAGUCUUACUGGACAGCCUAAGGGUUCGCAAAAAUGGCAUUCAUCAUGCUGAUGAUCAUUUUGAGCUAUAGAUUGGAACAUUGGAGGCAGAUUUAUAGAAACAGAUAGUUUCAGUUGUCCCCCCUCUUCUAGUACAGAUAGUUUCAGUUUUCUCCUGUCUUCUUUCCAUAUAUAGGUUCUUUAUUUUCUUAAAAUUCUCUCAUAUUGUUUUAGUUUUAUCCUUUCCAUUUCAUGCCAUAUGGAGUAGCUUUUUUUUAUUUACAUUUUCGUUUUCUCCUUUCUCUUUCCUUCCAUAUAUGUCUUUUCUUAUUAUUUUAUCUGUCAAUUUAUCUGACGUAAACGGAUAUUAAAGAAAUAGGCACCAUUUUUGUUAAGGUGUGAACAGUCAC